AUGGCACAUACUCACCUCACUGCACCUGAUGGGUAUGCUCUUGCUGAACCCAUGCAGUACUAUGAUAUUUUGCCGGAACAAACCAAUUAUCAGCUGCACGACAUUGAUUUUCAAGAAUCACCUUAUUGCCAGUAUUCUACCGUCCAGGUUCCUCCAGCUCUACAGUUCCAAUCUUUGCAAAGUCAUUUCAACACUUAUAGCUGGGAUCUACAGUUCAGUGGUGGAGAGUGUGGACCUGGUUCCUGUGAAUUGAAUAGAUCCACUUAUGUGGUUGCCCACAAUAUUGAAGAUGGAUACUCUGAAAUAAAAAGAUCCAGACUAACUCAUUCUUCCCUGCAAAUUAAGAGACAAGAAGAACUCUGUGUAGUUUGUGGUGAUAAAGCGUCAGGAUAUCAUUAUAAUGCACUUACUUGUGAAGGUUGCAAAGGUUUUUUCCGACGUAGCAUCACCAAAAAUGCAGUAUAUAGUUGCAAGAAUGGUGGUCACUGUGAAAUGGACAUGUACAUGCGUAGAAAAUGUCAAGAGUGCAGACUGAAAAAGUGUAAGGCAGUAGGAAUGUUGGCAGAAUGUUUGCUCACAGAGAUCCAAUGCAAAUCAAAGAAACUUCGAAAGAACUUUAAGCAGAAGAACAGCUUUUACUCUAACAUCAAAGUGGAAGAAGAAGGAGUAGAUAACAAGCUUGUAUCAUCCACCACUAGAUCUGGAAAAGUGAUUCAGGAUAGCGUGGAACUAACUCAAGAAGAACAUCAGCUCAUUAAUAACAUUGUGGCUGCUCAUCAAAAAUAUACAAUUCCUUUGGAAGAAACAAGAAAAUUUGUAUGUGUUCAUUGUUGGCAAGUAAUAAUUUAUAAUUCACUAUGUUAAAAAAUAAGAGCAUAAAUAUAAAAGUUUAAAAUCUAAACAGUUAUUUGAAAGAGAAUAGACUUCAUUAAUCUUAUUUCUUCUUGUUGGUUAGCUGCAGGAAUAUAAAAAUCCUGAGCUGAGCUUUUUGCGACUCUCAGAUACAGUAGUCCUACACAUGCAGAGCUUAGUGGAUUUUACCAAGGGACUCCCAGGAUUUGAAAAUUUGACCAAUGAGGAUCAGACUGCAUUACGAGAGGGAUCAAAAACUGAAGUGAUGUUCCUCCACACGGCCCAACUUUACAGUCAGAAAGAAUGUUUGUCAUCAGUUUCUGAAAGUAAAAUAGGCCAAUUAAUUCAAUCUUAAUGGUUAUUAUUAAGUUUAGCAACAAAUUAUAUAAACUUGAGCUAUUUUUUUCUUACUAUAUUUUAAUUUUACUAGUUAGUGUAGGAAUAAGUACUUCAUAAUAGCUGUUUAUAGGUUUUCCAAGUCUUUGGUCUAGCUUUUGCC